AUGAAGGUUUCAAUAUAUUUUUUCUUUUUUAUAAUUUCAGUUUCUUUGGCAGCUGAUGAUUAUUCAACCCUGGAAAGCUUUCUCCAGUGUCUUCCUUCUCAUGUUAACUCCUCUAACCCAAUAUCUAAAACCAUCAUUAAGCCUUCUGAUCCUUCCUUUCAAUCUGCCUUAGAAGCUUAUGUGAAAAAUUUGAGAUUUCUGACCCCUGCAACCCCAAAGCCUCUUGCUAUUAUAGCAGCUACAGAUGAAUCCCAUGUUCAAGCAACUGUUAUUUGUGCCAAGUCAAGUGGCUUGCAGAUUAGGAUUCGAAGUGGUGGCCAUGAUUAUGAGGGUCUGUCGUAUACAUCUGAAGUGCCAUUUAUCAUCCUUGACAUGAACAAUUUUCGAAAAAUUGUUGUUCAGCCUAGCAAUGAAUCUGCAUUUGUUGAAGCAGGAGCAACUAUUGGUGAGCUUUACUACCAGAUUGCCAACCAAAGUGGGAUCCAUGCUUUUCCUGCUGGAGUCUGCCCAACUCUAGGUACUGGAGGUCACAUUAGUGGAGGAGGAUACGGGAACUUGAUGAGAAAAUUUGGCCUCUCGGUGGACAACAUCGCUGAUGCACGAAUAGUUGAUGCCAACGGUACAAUUCUCGACAGACAAACCAUGGGAGAAGAUCUGUUUUGGGCAAUCAGAGGUGGUGGAGGAGCAAGCUUCGGCGUCAUUCUUUCUUGGGAUAUCAAUUUGGUUACAAUUCCUGAUACAGUCACUGUGUUCAAGGUCGGCAGGACGUUAGAACAAGGUGCAACUGAUCUCGUUUAUCGGUGGCAGCAAGUUGCUCCUGAACUAGAUAACGAUCUUUUCAUAAGAGCGAUGCCGACAAUCGUCAACGGCACAAGCAGUGGUGAGAAGACGGUUGAAGUGUUUUUCAUUGGCUUGUUUCUCGGAAAAUCUGACGGACUUCUUCCACUGAUACAAAAUAGCUUUCCUGAACUGGGUUUGCAGCAAAAUGAUUGCGAAGAAAUGAGCUGGAUAGAAUCAACGCUUUUCUGGGCAGAAUUUCCCAAGGGAACACCCAUUGAUGUGCUGCUUCAGAGGCCUUCAAAACCACAAUUCUAUUCAAAAUUUAAGUCUGAUUAUGUGAAAGAUUUGAUUCCAAAGUCUGGUCUAGAGGCAAUGUGGCAGAUGAUGCUUAAAGUGGGAAACAUGUGGAUGCAAUUUAACCCUUAUGGAGGAAAAAUGAGUGAGAUCUCAGAAUCUGACACUCCAUUUCCUCAUAGAGCAGGAUACAGAUUCUUGAUUCAAUAUUUUACGGGUUGGCAGGAAGGAGACGGGAUCGAUACAGAGACGCAGAUAAAUUUGCUAAGGAACAUGUAUGAUUCAAUGGCUCCAUACGUGAGCAAGGAACCAAGAGAGGCUUUCCAAAACUAUAGAGACAUUGAUAUUGGAAGCAAUCCGAGCAACUUUACAAACUUUGAGAAAGCUGAAGUUUAUGGGAGCAAGUAUUUCAAGAACAACUUCUUCAGGUUGACAAAGGUGAAAGCCAGUGUUGAUCCUGAUAAUUUCUUCAAGCAUCAACAAAGUAUUCCACCUGGAUAUGCUCAUAAUAAUUAA